AUGUCAUCAGAUGAGGAGAAAAGCACAAGUCCUGUUUUGCCAAAAGACUCAGUUCGUGGCAGUUCUGUUUCUUCAGAUCUUCAGGAUGAAUAUGAAGAGCUGCUUCGUUAUGCUGUAGUGACUCCAAAGUUUGAACAUCGUGUCCCAAAGUGGUCAGAACCUGCCUCAGAACUGAGAGCAGGUAACAGGUUUUCAAAUGUAACAGAUGAUGUCAUUCACCGUAAGACUCCAGUUUUAACGUCAGUGAAGGGGCCUUGUGAGGCCAACAUGGAACACCUUUGCCCUGUUCUCUCAGAAGAGACUUCUUCUCGAGGGUCUGCAUGCAGUCCAAGAGAAAUCAGUGAAGAGAUAGUGACCGAAUUAACUGUUCCUGAUGAAAAAGUGACCCAAAUAGAAAGCAUACUUGAUCUCUGGAGCGGAAGUCUUAAGACAAAUGUUCUGACUGAGUUGAGAAAAUGGAAACUUAGUUUUAUUGAACAUCACAAGCUUGAAAUGAAACAAGAAAGAGAGAAACACGCUGCACAUGUCAGACAAUUGAACAAUCAAAUGGAAAACCUGAAAGAGUUGCUACAUACUUAUGAAAUCUCUACUGGCAGAAAAGAUGAGGUAAUUGCUAACUUGACUCAAGCAUUAGAGAAGCAAAAGGAGAGAAUAGAGUUGAUGAGAAAAUUUAUGCUGUGGCGGGUUCAGCAUGUCGAAGCCAAACAAGAGGGAUAUGCAAAUAGAAUAGCAGACAGACAAUUUCAGACAGCAUUGAUGAAGAAGGUAUGGGCAGCAUGGCGCUCCCUUAGUGAAGCAAGAUGGAAAGAAAAAGUAGCAAAAGCCUGUCAGUUAAGGGCAGAAGAUGUCUGUGUUCAGCUCACUAAUGAUUAUGAAGCCAAAAUUGCAGAGCUAACUGCUACUUUGGAACAGACAAAAGCUGAGAUUCUGCGACUGCACAGUGAAAGAGAACAGUAUGAAGACACCAUGAAGAAAGCCUUUAUGCGCGGUGUAUGUGCUUUGAACCUGGAAGCAAUGACCAUGUUUCAGGGCAAGGACAGUAGGACAGAUCCUGGGUUUGCUACAUUCUGUGCUGAUCCCAUUACUUUAUGUUUAAUAGAUGUAGGAAGUAGGAGAGAAGAUAAUAGUACCAAUGUUGCAGGAAGGCUACCGUCUUCACAAUAUAAUCCUCCUUCACCACCGCCUCCAACAGCAGCUAGUCUUCAGCUGGAAGACAUGUUUUCUACCCACCUGGGUCAUGCCAGCACUCCUCAGACCAGGCUAGAUUCUGAUUCUCCAGUAAUCACCACUAGCACAACUGCAGGAUCUGGUCUGACAUCAGCUCAAAAACUGCCCAUGGCAAAAGUAAUAACAUCUGCUCAACAGAAAGCAGGAAGAACAAUCACUGCUCGAAUCACAGGCCGAUCUGAUAUGGGACAAAAACCCAGAAUUUGUAGUAGUUUAGCAGUGAUGGGAGUUGUUCCACCCAUGAGUUCAGUCAUUGUUGAAAAACAUCAUCCAGUCACUCAGCAAACCAUAUCCCAAGCCACUGCUGCUAAAUAUCCUCGAACUGUGCUCCAUGCUUCUGGUUCUACCACUGUGAGACCUGCAGGACAAGUUGGGCGAAUGCUUCAGAGCCAACCUCAUACCAGCGUUCAGUCAAUAAAGGUUGUUGACUGAGUGGAUAUCUUACACACACAAAUCUUUCUCACAGGUGGAGGGUUUUUACCAACGUACAAUUUAAAGCGCUUCCCAGUGUUUUCAGACUUGACAUAGCAAGGCCUAACUGUUGUAUCAUGUUUUUACUUUUUUUAAAAAAUUUGUUAAAAUGCUUAUAGUAAGCAUGUGGGGGGGGAAUGACCUUGAAACAUUGUUCUACCUCCAAACUUUUUCAGAACUUAUUUUAUUAAGAUAACACUUUAUUUAAGGAAUCUGUUGAACACUUUUAAAUAAAGG